UCCGGUGCUGUAAUUAGUUAGCAACAUCUUCAGAACAUUAGGUUUGUUCGUUGAAACACUGUCAUUUUCUAAGAAUAAUAUUCACUUUAACUUAAACCGGUAGAGUUUCGAUACGUUUCCGUAUUUAGUUAUUGUUUAAUAUAGUAAACUUUUUUUUUCCAUCUCGUGAGUUUGUUCUACACAAAGUUUCUCCGGCUCGGGGUUAGCUAGCUAACGUCACACAUAGCAGUCGUGUUUACAGUGGGAGUCCACGGACUAGCAACUCACCGACUGAGCGGACGGCUGCGAGGGGCUGACUGUUGUUUCUCAACAACGUUUGCAGUGAAAUGAGUCUCCGGCGGGGCGGUGAAUCGAGAGCACUGCGUUAGGACGAGCAGGGUUUAAAAUGUUUAGACGACCUGGAUCCUGCACGUGUUCCCCCAUGGGGUAGCCCUCAUGGUAGCAGGUGACGAGGACUCCGUGCAACCCAAGAGAUUGAUGAGGCCAUCACCAAGAACAUGGAGAAAAUGUCACGGGUUACCACGGCCCUUGGCAGCAGCGCCAUCAGUGGCCGAACCAUGUUCUGCCACCUGGACGCUCCAGCCAACGCCAUCAGCGUGUGUCGAGACGCCACGCAGGUGGUCGUUGCUGGACGCAACAUCUUCAAGAUCUACGCACUUGAGGAGGAGCAGUUCGUGGAGAAGCUGAAUCUACGCGUUGGCCGCAAACCGUCCCUGAACUUUAGCUGCGCUGAUGUCAUGUGGCACCAGAUGGAGGAGAACCUGCUGGCCACGGCUGCCACGAACGGAGCGGUGGUGACGUGGAAUCUGGGAAAGCCUUCACGCAACAAGCAGGACCAGCUGUUCACCGAGCACAAACGCACCGUCAAUAAAGUGUGCUUCCACCCAACAGAGGUUAACAUGCUGCUGAGUGGCUCACAGGACGGCUUCAUGAAGUGCUUCGACCUGCGCAAGAAGGAGUCUGUCAGUACUUUCUCAGGUCAGUCAGAGAGUGUGAGGGACGUUCAGUUCAGCAACAAGGAUUAUUUCACAUUUGCUGCAUCUUUUGAAAAUGGUAACGUCCAGCUGUGGGACAUUAGACGACCAGAUCGGUUUGAGAGAAUGUUCACCGCCCAUACUGGCCCUGUGUUCUGCUGCGACUGGCAUCCUGAUGACAGAGGUUGGCUGGCCACUGGAGGUAGAGACAAGAUGGUGAAGGUUUGGGACAUGACCACAAACCGAGCCAAGGAGAUCUACUGUGUCCAGACGAUCGCAUCAGUGGCUCGGGUCAAAUGGCGUCCAGAGAAGAAGUUUAACUUGGCCACAUGCUCGAUGAUGGUGGACCACAACAUCUACGUGUGGGACAUUCGUCGACCUUUUAUCCCCUUUGCCACAUUUGAGGAACACAAAGAUGUGACCACUGGUAUUGUGUGGCGCCACCAGCAUGACCCUCAAUUUCUGCUCUCUGGCUCUAAAGAUAGCACUCUCUACCAGCACAUGUUUGAAGACGCCACACGUCCUGUGGACAUGGCCAAUCCUGAGGGUUUGUGCUUUGGACUGAUGGGUGACUUGGCCUUUGCAGUGAACGACAGUCUGAUCAGUAGUGAUGCCAACAGGAAGCCCUAUCCUGGAGGUGACCGUCGCUACCCCUUUUUUUCCUUUAAGAGGCCCAACCUGACAGAACAGUUUGCCCACGUGUCCAGUGCUCUUAGUGUCUUUGAGACGGACUUGGACAGUCACCGCAUGGACUGGUUUGUCAAGACGGCACAACUCUACCUCCUUAGUGGAAAGCCAUUUGCUGAACUGUGUGAUCACAAUGCCAAAGUGGCCCAGGAGCUCAAAAGACCUCAGGUUUCCACUACAUGGACCAUGCUGAGAAUUAUGUUCUCAGACCCAGCGAACCCAGCUGCACCAGCUCCCAAUCUCAACCUCAGUAAACUCGGCUCCUUGCCCUUAAUGAACAGUUUCAGCAUGAAGGAAAUAAGUUCAGGGAUGGGCACAGAGAGCAGACUGGAGCGCAGUAAAGGUGAGAGCAGGCAGGAUAACAUCCACCUGGAGCCUGGAAAUUCGCUCAUAAGCAAUAACAAUGAAGAAAACGAGGAGACAGAGGGCAGUGACGGGCCUGUGGAGAAUAUGUUUGCUGAUGUGGAGCUGGAUGAUGAUGAUCUCUAUUCCAUGGAGCAAGACAACCAAGCGGAAGAGCAGGAGUACAUGUUGCCCCAGGAGGCAUUUCAGCUCCGCCACGAGAUCAUGGACAACCCAUCAGCGCCGGAGCAUCUUCAACAGGACAAGGCCGACUCGCCACACGUCAGCGGCAACGAGGCGGAGGUCACGUGUCUGACGCCCAUCGAGUCUUUCUCUCUCAUCUCCAUUUCCCAGCCUCUUUUCAGCCCACACCUGCCCGCCAGCUUCUUCUGCCCCAUCGUGCGGGAGAUGCUGAGCUACUACGCCGAGCAGGGCGACGUGCAGAUGGCCGUGUCCGUGCUCAUCGUCAUGGGGGAAAGGAUUCGCAAGGAGAUUGAUGACCUCACCCAGGAGCACUGGUACAUGUCCUACAUAGACCUGCUGCAGCGAUUCGAGCUGUGGAACGUGUCCAACGAGGUGAUCAAGCUGAGUACGUGCAACGCCAUCACCUGCCUCAACCAGACGUCUACAACUCUGCACAUCAACUGCAGCAACUGCAAGCGACCGAUGAACAACAGGGGAUGGAUCUGCGACCGGUGCCGCCAGUGUGCCAGUGUUUGUGCGGUGUGCCACCACGUGGUGAAGGGGCUGUUUGUGUGGUGUCAGGGCUGCAGCCAUGGAGGACAUUUGGAGCACAUUAUGAACUGGCUGAAGAGCAGCGCUCACUGCCCUGCUGGCUGCGGUCACCUGUGUGAGUACACGUGAACCCGUUCGUGCAGCUUGGCGCUGCGUCGUGACGGCAAAGCAACCCGCUGUGGAGCGCAAACACGAGCUCCGCAGAAAGAUGGGACGUCUUCAUCCCGGGACAAUUUACAGAAAAGGAUUUAUGAGGCGAGUUCAGACUAAAGUUCUGAUUGAGAAGAGUUUUAAGUGUUCCCCUGGACAGCUGUUGAAGAGCAAACACAAUUUAUGUUUGCAUUUGAUUUGGUCU